CCUUCGGGAGGGCACCCGUGGCUGUGGGGAAAUGCAGUUACCAAUAUAUUGACUCCAGAAGAAAGAAGGCUAACAAUGGAAAACACUGGGAAAGUUACCAGAAAGCUGUCAUCAUCAGUGCCAGCCUCAGUGGAUGUCACAGAUUCUGACUAGUUCGUGGCUUUAUUGAGGAUCCAAUGCCUAACAGAAGACCAAAGUUCACAGGCUAAAAAAAUUUCCUAAAGAAGAAAGAUCAUAAGCACCAUGAUGGACUCAGAAACACAUGAUAAGAGGUCCCCAAUGUUGACCUCUUCAAACCAGGAUUUGUCUCCUCAUAUUGCAAACGUGGGGGAGAUAAAGCAUUACUUCUGUGGCUGCUGCGCAGCGUUCAACAAUUUGGCGAUCACAUACCCAGUUCACAAGAUCCUCUUUCGGCAGCAGCUGUAUGGCAUCAAAACCACGGAUGCAAUACUCCAGUUGAGGAGGGAUGGGUUUCGAAACCUGGAUCGUGGGAUCCUGCCCCCACUGAUGCAGAAGUCAACCACACUGGCACUCAUGUUUGGUUUGUAUGAGGAUCUGUCACGUCUGCUCUGUAAGCAUGCGAGCACUGCUCCGGGGUUUGCCACCAGAAGCGUGGCAGCAGUACUUGCUGGGACAACAGAAGCCAUUCUCACUCCGUCUGAAAGAGUUCAGACUUUGCUGCAGGACCAUAAGCAUCAUGAUAAAUUCACAAACACAUUCCAGGCUUUCUGGGCCCUGAGAUGCCAUGGAAUUGCAGAGUAUUACCGAGGCUUGGUACUUAUCCUUUUCCGGAAUGGAUUCAACAACGUCUUUUUUUUUUUUUUUUUUUUUUUUUUUUUUUUUUUUUUUUUUGGCCUUCGAGGGCCAAUUAAGGAGCAUCUGCCUACCGCCACUAUGAAUGGUGCGCAUUUGGUCAAUGACUUUAUCUGUGGACGUGUGCUGGGUGCCAUGCUGGGGUUCUUAAGCUUCCCGAUUAAUGUUGUGAAAGCCCGAAUACAAUCUCAGGUUGGUGGGCCAUUCCAGUCUCUCCCCAUGGUCUUCAAGACAAUCUGGUUAGAACGGGACAGGAAUCUGAUCAAUCUUUUCAGAGGCGCCCAUCUCAAUUACCAUCUCUCUCUCAUCUCCUGA